CAACCGCACGUGACUAUCACGUGCCUGGAUUCUAUCCCCGCUAAUAAGAGAGCCGCGAAAAGAAAACCCUUCCGCCCCUCCUCUCCUUCCUCUCUCUCUCUCAAUCGCUGCUGCUGCUGAUUUCGUUUUUCAGAAAUCUCCUGCAUCCGAUCUCUCCGAUCACAGAUAUUAUGGAUGCCCGGACAAGUUUCCGGCUCAUCUCCUAUUCAUCUGAGAUCGUCGAUGGACAGCCAAUCUAUGUUUCAUCGAAUUGCCUUCCUGUGAAAGCCGCAAAAUUUGAACCUGCUGGGCAUGCAUUUCACGCCACAGCACUUAGACUUCUUGGUUUCUGCGAGGAAGAAGAUGCAGAUACAGAUGAUCAGAGUGUCGUGUCAGAUGAUAAAGGUCAAUCUUAUAUGCCAUCAUCGGAUUCAUAUAGCACUAAAGGGAAAAAGAAGGGUGGUGAAGGCAAGCAACAGGACCAUUAUGCAUUGUUGGGACUGGCCCAUCUGCGGUUUCUGGCGACUGAGGAACAGAUACGAAAGAGCUACCGCGAGACCGCCUUGAAGUACCAUCCCGACAAGCAGGCCGCCCUUCUUCUUGCUGAGGAAACUGAAGCGGCGAAGCAAGCAAAGAAGGAGGAGAUAGAAAAUCAUUUCAAAGCCGUUCAAGAAGCCUAUGAGGUUCUAAUAGAUCCCGUGAAGAGAAGGAUUUAUGAUUCCACUGAUGAGUUUGAUGAUGAAAUCCCGACCGACUGUGCUCCACAGGACUUCUUCAAGGUAUAUGGGCCUGCUUUUAUGAGGAAUGGAAGAUGGUCUGUUAAUCAACCAAUCCCACCUUUAGGGGAUGAGAAGACACCAAUUGGAGAGGUGGAUAUCUUCUAUAAUUUCUGGUACGUCUUCAAGAGCUGGAGAGAGUUUCCACAUGCAGACGAGUUUGAUAUUGAGCAAGCCGAGUCCCGUGACCAUAAAAGAUGGAUGGACAGGCAGAACGCGAAGCUGAGAGAAAAGGCUAGGAAGGAAGAGUAUGCCCGGGUACGUGCACUUGUUGACAAUGCCUAUAAGCGGGAUCCACGGAUCGUUCGACGGAAGGAGGAGGAAAAGGCUGAAAAGCAGAGGAAAAAGGAAGCCAAGUAUCUGGCGAAAAAGCUGCAGGAAGAAGAGGCUGCGAGGGCCGCUGAAGAGGAGAGGCGUCAGAAAGAGGAGGAAGAAAAACGAGCUGCAGAGGCCGCUUUGAAUCAGAAGAAGCUGAAGGAGAAAGAGAAGAAGCUUCUGCGGAAAGAGAGGACUCGCUUACGUACGCUGUCGGCACCCAUUGUAUCCAAACGCAUGCUCGAUCUCUCAGAAAGUGAUGUGGAGAGCAUAUGCAUGUCAUUUGAGAUGGAGCAGUUACGAAAUCUAUGUAAUGAAGCAGAGUGCAAGGAAGGGAUUGAGCGGGCACAGCUGCUGAAAGUUGCACUUGCGGCUGAAGGCAGAGAAACUACUAAGCAGAACAGUCCUUCAGAGCCACCCAGUCAGCAACUGAACGGCGCCCCUCCAGUGGUCAAGCUAAAUGGCCCAUUAAGCAGCUUUGAGAAGCAAGAGAAGCCUUGGGGCAGAGAAGAGAUUGAGAUGUUGAGGAAAGGCAUGCAGAAGUAUCCAAAGGGAACGUCUCGGAGGUGGGAGGUUAUUUCUGAGUACAUCGGUACUGGAAGAUCAGUCGAAGAGAUUCUCAAAGCAACCAAGACGGUUCUUCUCCAGAAGCCCGACUCGACAAAAGCAUUCGACUCUUUUCUAGAAAAGAGAAAGCCGGCUCCAUCCAUCGUAUCGCCUCUCACAACCAGGCUCGAAUCAGAAGACAGGCCGCCACCUGCUGAUGGCAUCGUCGGAAAUGGAGCUCCUACAGCAGCACCCGAACAGUCUUCGGGCAGCGGCGGGAGUCACCCGAUUCCAGACGGCGCAGCAGCGCCAAAUGGUGUUUCUUCGAGUAAUGAACAAGAUGUGUGGUCUGCCGCCCAACAGAGGGCACUGGUUCAGGCUCUAAAGACGUUCCCGAAGGAAGCGGCCCAGCGGUGGGAGCGUGUGGCUGCUGCAGUCCCUGGGAAGACAGUGAACCAAUGCAGGAAGAAGUUUGCUCUCAUGAAGGAGAAUUUCAGGAGCAAGAAAAAUGCAGAUUGAUUGGGUUUUUUGUGGGGGAGCUGAUUCAGGAUUCAAAACGGGGAAAAAGAAAAAAAAAAAAGAAGGCCAUGUCUCCGCUUACCAAAUUAGAUAUUUUUUUCUUCCUUUUGCAGAUAGAAUUAUAGCGAAAUUCGGGGGAGAGCUCUUUCUUUCUGCGACGGCUUUCGUUGUUGCUUUUUGUACACCAAUGGUUUCUGUUCGAUAGUCUCGAUAGGGGAGGAGAAUGCUGAGAUGGGAGAUGGGUUUUGGAGCCAAGCUGCCCGAUUCGACAUUAAAAGGUAUUAUAUAACGUACUUUCACAUGUUUCUGAUGCCUGUUAGUUAUAGAGUUAUCAUUAUUAGACCACAACACCAUUGGGGUUUGUUUGUGAUUUUUGUUAUGUUGAGGAGAGAAGCUGAUCAACGGUGGCAGUUUGUUUUUCAUUCGAGUAGCUGCUAACCCACCUGUAUGACCUUUCGUAUAUAUCCAAUAUGCAUUGGCAGCUGAUGUUGCCUUAAAACCA